AUGGAAAGAUACUUCGUCUUAGAUCCAGACUUGGGAAAGCUGCAGUACUAUGUCAGCGAGCAGGGAAAGAGCCAGAAGCCCCGUGGGUCCCUGCCCCUCAUGGGUGCCUCUGUAACGCCGAGUGACGAGGCUCCACACAUGUUCAUUGUAAACUCCGUCAAUGGCGAGUUGUACAAACUCAGAGCCUCUGAUGCCAAGGAGCAACAGUUCUGGAUCAGUCAGCUGCAGGCCUGUGCCAGACGUCAUUCUGACAGCAGUGCCAAGGUGAGGAAGCUGAAGGGAUCAGAUGAACACCUGAGUGUGGAGAGGGCAGGAGGAAGCCAAGAGGGGCUGGGCUCUUCAUCAUCAGGCCGUACCCGUAGCUUCUCCCUCCUUCCUCACCUCCCUCCGUCGUACUCACCUGGUUCCCAGAGGCGUCUGGGCCACCCGGGUACACCCAGCAACAUUGUCACCAUCACCCAUCAUAAGUCUCCGGCCGCGGCCCGGCGGGCCAAGAACCUGUAUCCAGGAAGACUACUGGAGGUCAAAGAGGUGAUGUCCCAAGCAGAGGGUCAACAGAAAAGCCUGGUGCAGUCCAUUGACUCCCUGCCCACCAAAGGUCCUCUGUCCUGCCUGGACCAAGACUUGCUGCUGCUCAAAGCCACGUCAGCCGCCACCCUUAGCUGCCUGGGCGAGUGUCUGAACAUCCUCCAGCAGACCCAGAGCCACAACCAGGCCCAGCCUCAGUACCAGGCCCCGCAGCACAACCACGCCGCCCACGGAGCUCCCUCCGAUGGUGUUCCUGUGUGGACUGUUCCAAAGUCGCUCUCAGGGGAGCAGCUGAAGAACGGAGGUCUGACUCCUCUUCGGUCAGCAGAGCCCUCCCCGGCUCUCAGGAAAAAGAGUCUGUCCCAUAGUGCCGAGCAGCAGCAGGCAGGGCUGGAAGACAUCAGCCCCAGUGAAGAGGUGACGGACAUGGAGGACAACGAGGAGGAAGACCUGGGUGUCUUGGACGACCAGCGGAGCAUCAUCCUUCAUCUGCUUUCCCAGCUUAAACUGGGCAUGGACCUCACACGGGUGGUACUGCCGACCUUUAUUUUGGAGAAGCGCUCACUGCUGGAGAUGUAUGCCAACUUCAUGGCCCACCCUGACAUGUUCCUGUCCAUCACUGCCGGGGCCACAGCUGAAGACCGCAUUGUCCGCUUUGUCGAGUACUACCUUACCGCCUUCCACGAGGGCCGCAAGGGAGCUGUCGCUAAGAAACCCUACAACCCCACACUGGGGGAGACCUUCCACUGUUCGUGGGAGGUGCCUCAGGACAAAGUCAAACCCCUGGUCAGAUCUAACCAGGGGUCCACUAGGGAGCCAAGCAAGGGCCCCAAUAACGCUCAGCAGAGCGGGAGAGACGAUCUGUCCGGAGGCUGCUACAGGGUCCGCUUUGUUGCCGAGCAAGUGUCCCAUCACCCGCCCGUCUCAGGGUUUUACUGCGAGUGCCGGGAGAGACGCAUGUGUGUCAAUGCUCAUGUGUGGACCAAGAGCAAGUUCAUGGGCAUGUCCAUAGGAGUGUCCAUGGUCGGGGAAGGGGUCCUAUGCCUUCUGGAGCAUGAUGAAGAGUAUGUCUUCACGUUGCCCUGUGCCUACGCUCGCUCCAUUCUCACUGUGCCGUGGGUGGAGCUGGGGGGCAAAGUCUCCAUCAACUGUGCCAAGAGCGGCUAUUCUGCCACUGUCACCUUUCACACCAAGCCUUUCUAUGGUGGGAAGGUGCACAGAGUGACUGCGGAGGUCAAACACAACCCCACCAACACCAUCGUCUGCAAGGCCCAGGGGGAGUGGAACGGGACCCUGGAGUUCACUUACAGCAGCGGAGAGACCAAAGUGAUAGACACAACCAAACUGCCAGUCAUCAAAAAGCAGCUGCGGCCUUUGGAAAAGCAGGGACGGACGGAAUCCAGGCGGUUAUGGCAGCACGUCACCAAAGCACUGAAGGAGGGGAAUAUUGAUGAGGCCACCGAACACAAACACAAACUGGAGGAGCGGCAGAGAGGAGAAGAGAGGCAGAGAUCCGCCGACAACAAACCGUGGAUACCCAAAUACUUCACUAAAGAGGGUGAUGGUUGGACCUACAACAACCCACUGUGGAAGUGUCCCUGACACCAGAGCAGCAUGCUGUUCCAACAGACACGAACAGAGAGCCGUCCCUCAAACCAUGAGGACCAAGGACUCGCCACGGAGCGAUGCCCUCCACACAACCUGAACCUGAGCUGCAGACUCUGGAUGACUGGAGGUGUAAACGAAGAACAGCAAGGUUGCCAAAGGGGGUCUCCACCAUAAGAACCAUGGAGGGGUUGGGCGCUAUCGGGACAAAUAUAUUCUACCUUUUUAUAUUAUAGUAUUACUAUUCCAGUUAGAGUAUUUCUAUUUUUCACCUUGCCAAUGCCUUUUUGCACAUGCGCAGUAAUGGAGUUUGCAACUGGUGUUUUUUUUUUUUUUUGUAAAUUUCUUUUUUUACUCCAUUGUGCAACAUCACAAACUUUGUCUUUUGGGGUUUUGUAGCCUGUUUGUUUUGUCGCACCGUGUUAGAAUGAAAUGGCAGGCAUAGUUGACAAACCUGGGGUUCCCCUAAAACAUGUAGCAUUGUACAGUGCUCACAUGUCAAGACACAUUUAUUCUCAAGCCCUCUUUGCAAGGCAAAUGCACUGCCAGGGGAAGUUAGGGAAUAAAUAAAUCUCAUCCCAGGACGACAGAAAUGUUAUGCUGCCUGGAACAAAGCAUGUCAGAUUUCCCUGGUUCACCGUGGUAAAAACUCAACUGAAACUUACCAUAAUUUGAUCCAUUACCAACCUGUGUUUAGAGAAUUUGGUGCACCUGGCAUUACUGGGACAUCGCUUAUCUAUAUGGCUUAUGGGUACAACACGUUAGCACAUGACCAUGGAGCAGAUCCCCCCUUUUCUUUUCAGUUGUAUCUGGCCAAACACCCCACACUUUCCGAGCCGUCCCGGUCGCUGCUCCACCCCGCCUGCUGAUCCGGGGAGGGCUGCAGACUACCACAUGCCUCCUCCGAUACACGUGGAGUCGCCAGCCACUUCUUUUCACCUGACAGUGAGGAGCUGCGGUGGACGCCUGACCGAGCUGGAGGUAACACGGGGAUUCAAACCGGCGAUCCCCGUGUUGGUAGGCAACGGCGUAGACCGCUACGCUACCUGGACGCCCAUGGAGCAGACUGUUGAGGUCUCAGUCACAAACUGUGACUUAACGCUCAACCAACAAUAUAGGGAGCAGAGUGCUGGAGCGUGCUGCUGUUUGGCGGUGACGCCGGAUGAGGCUGACACGGUUUCCGCCUGGCCAUUAGUCGUGUAUUAUUUCGCCAUCCGCAUGGCUGCCUGAAAUGACCAAGAUUUCCAUCUGCAAAAUCAAAUUGAUUAACCUCCCCUGAUAAUGCAUUUGCAAACUGGAGAGGGCUUUAAAGUGCUUUUAGCGAGCAGGUUUGUCACGGGUUGCUUUAUGAAAAGAUAGAAGUACACAAAAAAAUCCAGAUAAAUGCAAGAUAUACUGAAAAACGAGGAACAAAAUGGAUGAGAUAGCCAGAGAACUGGCUAUCAGCAGCUUACGUUGUUGUACAAUUGUCAAGCAAACAACCUGGCUGGAAACAAUCCCAUGUAAAGGAAUUGUGUUCUUUCAUGUUUUGGUUGUGUUUCGAAUGUACCCACUUACAAUAUACUGUAGUAGUGUGUUACUUUUGCAAUCUUCUCUUGUUUGCUACACGAUCUUAUUGUAAUUUACAUUUUUAUUGUGCAGUGCCUCUGCUCAUCAAUGUUACUCACUGUGUGAUAUGAACUCUGCAUCACCGCAAUGACGAGCGUACCAUUAUUACCCCCCCCCCCCCCGGUUCGUCACUGACUGCCAUUUUCUACACAACAAACACUGGUGCCAUGGUACAGUACGCCAUGAAAUAACAGGGAGUUCCUCUAUUCGCCUUCCAGGGAUGUUUAUUAUGUAUAUGUGCCCUCAGGACGGCAUUGGUGUAAUUAGACGGCCGCUGAACCCAGAUCAGCCUCCUGGUGCUAGCAUGUCCCUGCAGUUUUGCCCCGGGUGAUGAAUAUGGAUAGGGUGCACAGGCAGAUAGACGCAACCUUGUUCUCCCACCGAGGGCCACUCGCAGGUUGCCUCUUUGAAGACGAGGAGGAUAAUCCUCCAGGAUUAAAUUCACCGGAAACUAGGGUAGCCCUCUUUUUGCAUACUAGAGAUACAUUUCUUGGGUUUUUACGACAGCCAAAGUGCUGCACGCGACCAAGAGCCACAGGGUUUUCCCCCACAAUCCGAGUACCACACCGCGCAGGUGCCGAAAUAACCCCCCCCCCCUUCGCUUCGUUUAUGUUCAACGUGGCUGCCGUUUAAGGCCUCUCACCCAGACUGCUGAGGUGAUAGCCGCGUCAUUUUGGUGAGAACUCUGGAUGCAGCAAGGAUUUAGAGUAAACGACAACGCUUUUUAAGAAAAUCAAUAUACUCCGGGGCCACGUCUAGCUUGAUUUGAGGGUUGCUUUGCCUACUUGUGUUGGUAUUUUCAGAGAUUUCACAUCAAAUACGGAGAUUGGCAAGACAUUCAAGUACAGUGCAAACUUGUAACCGUGACACACACACACACACACCUCUAACAUGCUUUAGAUCACUUUUCAUUAUUUUCUUUGACACUGGCCUUACAUGAAGCAUACGUGGAUGUCUGUAUAAGCAGUAAUGUCCGGACACUUGCUGGAUUCGGUGGGCCCACCGAGGUAAACACAUCCCUCAUUCUUCUGUUCAAUCCAACCUUCAUCGACCCAAGAUACUUGAAUGUAUGUCCAUUAGAUUGUGUCUUGCUUUGUAUUCCAGAGCUGAAUCAUGGACCUUUCCAUCCCCCAUUCACUACGUAGAUAUAGAGCACCUAUGCAACACCUCAUCUGUCCAUCGUGACCAUUAUAACAGCAUUUGAAGGAGGUAGAGAGGUUUUUUUUUAAUAAUUUCUCUUGUUCUAAUAAAUGUGCCAUGGAAAUUACUGGAACGUUAAAAAAAAAUCCUGGUCAGAUUUGUAGCGUGUGCAUUUUGUUCUUUCUUCCGGAACACAUGCAUUAACACAUAUGUAAUUGGUCCACCUUAAUCCAUUUAGAAGUACUUGGCUGGCCACGCAUUGUUUUUCCCACAAUGCCCUGCGCUACGAGCGGACAUUUCCACCCGUAAACACAUUAGAGCUGACCAGCGCAAACACACCUACUGACGUCCGCUAGACGGCGCCACCGCAUGUUGAAGUUGUGGUUUAAGUGCCUUGCUUAAAGACACUUUAGUGGCAUUUGUUGAGAGUUUCACUCAUUCACCCCCCCGCCCCCCCCCUCCGCCGCCAUCCAAUCCAACCACGAAUUUGAACCCUCAGGCUACAAGGCCACCCCCUUUCAGCUGGACUCCAGCACGGCCCUGGUGUUCACGCGGGGACGGAGGUUUGGCGCGUAUUCGUUCGUUCUCGACCAGACGGUUUUCAUGGCGGGGAGCAGCAGACCCGACGGUGAGCUGGUAUCUAUUUAAAGGCUAAUACUGCCAUCAAGUGGCUCUUUGCUUCCUGACCUGGGCCCGUACCGGACAGGUGUGGAAAUGGGUACAGCCGUACACACCUGUUGUCAUCGUUCAUCCAUCACAGAAGUAACGCGUCACCGACUUCGAUAACCAGUCGUUCAAUUUGUACGCCAACAGACGCCGGACGGUGCGAUCUAACGUCGCUAUAUCCCCCCUGUAACCGAACAGACAAACAUCAUUAUGUGUGAAAUGUGGGUCAAUAAAGAUGUCAU